GAAGAAGAAACAGCAGGACUGGCGCUAAGAUGACGGACCAAGAAAGUACGGUACAAAGCCAGGAAUCACUGCUGAGACAUUUAAUGGAACGUCUUCUAUCCAGAAUUAAUGAAGUUUUAGAUCGGCCACAUUUGGAUUUAGACUAUUUUCAUUAUGUAAUAAAUCAGGAGGUGUUUGUUUUUACACCUGCAUCAACUGUUCUUGAUGUACCUGUGGAUGUUAUGGAAUGCAUUUUAAACCUUCAAGAAAAAAUUCGUGCCACCCUUUCUCAGGCAGAACCUUGUGUUCUUGUCACAGAAGUGACCAGUGGACGAGGGCGACCCAAGUUAGCAGUUUCUGAAGACCUGCUGGCCCAUCUGAUUGGCAUGGCCCUACCAGUGUUAUGCAUUGCAAACUUGCUGGGAGUCAGCAUAUCUACUGUUUUCAGACGCAUGCAUGAACUUGGAUUGUCCACAAGAUCUUCAUUCAGCUGCUUAUCUGACAGUGAGCUUGACAUUGCUGUACGGUCAAUAAAACAUAAGACUGCCAAAUGCAGGAUAUAGGAUGGUUAAAGGCUGUUUACAAGCAGAUGGACACAGAGUUCAGUGGGAUCGGGUCAUGGAGUCUAUGCAGCUGGCAUUUUACAAAGAAUGAUGCAACUUGGGUGCAUAGUCAGAAGGACAUAUUCUGUACCUCAUCCUUUGUCCUUGGUGCAUUUGGACACAAAUCAUAAGCUCAUUAGGUACAACAUAAUCAUCUUUGUGGCAAUAGAUGGGUUCUUCAGAAAGAUUAUGUACCUGGAGCCUGCAACAAACAACACAUCAAGCACCGUUCUUACCUUCUUUCUAAGGGCAGUGGAAAACUAUGGUUGGCCUUCCAGAAUUGAGCGUCUGUGGCGAGAUGUCUGGACCUGUGUAACUCCUCUUUACUAUGAGGUUCUUCACAACCUGGAGGAAAGUGGCCUUCUGGAUUUGUCCAACACUUUGCAUCUGUUUUGUGCACACUAUGUGUUCCUCCCUCGGCUUGCAGAUGCACUUCACACUUUCACAGAAGGAUGGGACAAUCAUCCUUUAAAGUCUGAAGGUGGACUCACCCCUAACCAGCUGUGGACCUUGGGACACAUGCAGAAACCUAUUUGUGAAACUGUAGAUGCUCAGAACCUGGACCUGUUUGGAACUGACUGGGAAACAUCUGAUGGUGUCAGUGAAGAACCCCUUGGAGUUCAAGUCCCAGAAAUUGACUGCCCUCUCUCACCGACUGGGUUGAUCAUGCAGUCCAUGAUCAACCCACUUGCACCAUCUGAAUCAUAUGGUCAGGAUCUGUUUGUAUCAAUGGUUCAGUAUGUUGAAAGUCACUGGGAAACGAGCCACAGCAGUUAACACAUGUAAAAAAGUGUACAUUUGCUAAAAUCCCACAUUAGCAAAUUUGAUUAAUUCUGCAUUAAUGUUACUCAUAAUGUUUGUGCAUAACUGUUCAUCUGUACCUAGUUUUUUUCACUUAUUUGCAUAGAGACCAUCACUUGUAGUUUAUAGAAAUGUAGACUAUGGUGAAACAGUUAAAUAGUGAAAAUUCAAUGAUAUUUUUGAUUUU